AUGGCGAAAAGAUCAGCGCGACCAGAGCGCACCAUGGAAGUCCUUCACGCCGCUGCACGUGCCGGAGGGGCGCUGACGAGCAUCCGCCUGCCCGCGCCUGCUGCUGCCUUGGGUGGAACUGGAGGAAGUGAUGGCAGUCUGCUGCUCAGGCUGAGCAGGACGACGCGAGGCAUUAUGAGCAUGCUUGCCAACAUUCGUGUCCACGUCUGUUCGGUCGUGACAGCAGCUGAAGGUAUCGGCAGCGCUUCAAAGGUCACGGUGCUCAGAGAGUGGACGCCUCAGAGCCUCAGAGCCAGAGGUUCCCAGGCAGCGCACGGCGACUUCCAGAAGGCCACAGAGAAGGCAGCAAAGAGACAUGCGCUUCUAAAGCCGAGCAGGGGUGGGUGGUUAGCGGACGACCAGGAUCCUGUCAGGCACGGCCGUCCGAAUCGUCGACAUAGGCUUGUGCCGAGUGUGGGUGUGACUUGA